AUGAAUAAAAGCAGGCGCAAUCCAGUCAUGGCGUCACUUGUCCUUGCCACGGCAUUGCUUCCCAAAGUGGCCCAUGCGGCUGGAUCUUCUGCUUCUUCUGCUGCUGCUUCUUCGUUGAUGCGUACCACAGGUUUGUUCGCCAACUCGGCGUUGAUUGGAAUCCCUAUUUGGGUCUUUUUUCUGCAAGCGCCAUUGCUCUUCAAAAUGAUGGGACGAGACAAGUUUCUCUUUCCCAUGAUGUCCUUGACUCGAUUGCUCUUUCGCUGGACGCUACCCGUCUUUUCGGCACUUUCCGUGGCAUGCUCUGUUUUACUCGACUGUGCAGAAUCAUCCUGCCAAGUCUCAUCGGCUACCAAGGCGGCUCUUUUGACUCUGGCGGCCAUUCUCAUCAAUUCCAUCGUCAUUGUCCCAAAGGCAUUGCAAGCUGGAAAGAUGAAUACGAAAAAGGAGGACAAGUCAGAAACCGUCACCGAUUUUGCCGUCAGUGGAGGAUCCAAGACCAAUACCAAGACGCUUCAUCAAACGGUCGUCGUCUUUGUCUUGAUUCAUGUUGUGGGGGCUGUCUUGCAUUUGCACACUGCCACGUCUUAG